GUCCCUCCGCCCAGGCCGGGCCGGGCCGGGCCCGCGAUGCAGCCGGCGCGGCCCCGCUGAGGGAGGCCCGCCCGCCAGAGGAGCAAGCAUGCGGAGCGGCGAGGAGCUGGACGGCUUCGAGGGCGAGGCCUCGAGCACCUCCAUGAUCUCGGGGGCCAGCAGCCCCUACCAGCCUACCACAGAGCCCGUGAGCCAGCGCCGCGGACUUGGCGGCCUCCGCUGCCACCCCGACUACCUGCGCCGCGCCCCUGGCCGCUUCAAGCUCGCCCAAGUGGUUUUGGCACUGAUUGCGUUCAUCUGCAUCGAGACUAUCAUGGAAUGUUCCCCAUGUGAAGGGCUUUAUUUCUUUGAAUUUGUGAGCUGCAGUGCAUUUGUGAUUACUGGAGUUUUGCUGCUUAUGUUCAGUCUUAAUCUUCACACAAGGAUACCACAGAUCAACUGGAAUAUUACAGAUUUGGUCAACACUGGACUCAGCACCUUCUUCUUCUUUAUUGCCUCUAUAGUACUUGCUGCUUUGAACCAUAAAGCUGGAGCAGAAAUUGCUGCUGUGGUUUUUGGCUUCUUGGCAACAGCAGUGUAUGCUGCAAAUACCUUCUUAGCUGUGCAGAAAUGGAGAAUGAACAUUCGACAGCAGAGCACCAAUGAAUACAUUCGUGCACGGACAGAAUCACGAGAAGUGGAUAGCCGUCCUGAGAUACAGCGUUUAGACACAUGAGAAGGAGCAUCUGAGUAGGACUGUGGGCUGAGAGAGAAGUCACCAACAAAAAACUUCCUUCUCUCUCGUCCCUUUUCUGAUUUCCCCCCAAGUUCCUGCCAUCGUUUUUCAUUAUUUCAUCAUGUCAAACUUUCAUACAUUUUUAAAUUUUAUCCUUUUUAAGAAAAUAGUUGGCCUUGGCAAAGACAUUCACAGCAAUUUUGGUAAGAAGCUUCACUUAAUCCAUCAGAUGUCCCAGCUGGAAAUCCAGAGAUGUCAACAGCUCUUAAGAUGGAAGUGCUCUGAAAUGACCAUAGUAUUAUGAUGGUUGUUUUUUCAACUUUUAACCUUAAUUCUGUAUACAAGUUGUGCGUGAUUUAAUUAUAAACUAACAUUCAGUCAGAUAUCUUCAUGAUAAGGUCAGGAAUUUGAGGGCAGGUGAAAAAUGUAACUCAAGUUUAAAUUAAAUGUGAUUACCAAGAAAAUAAAUUAAGAGGUGAAUGGCACCAGUUUUAAGUCAGUCAGCCUUCAUGGGGUGACCACUAUGGACAGAGAACUAUUAUAGUUGCUCACAGCCCAUGUUUAUGUUUGACUGUCAACAUAACCUCUUAGUUCUUGUCCUCUAUUUUUGCGACCUGUGGAUGCUGAGACAAAUUGUGAAGCAAACUGUAGAACUGAAAACUGGUUAGCAUGAACAGAAAUCAGGCAGUGUCUGUUGGGUUUGGACUGUACAGAUAUGAAACAGUGAUAAUAUCAUGAGGAUAAAAAGCACCUAGCAAUUGGGACAGUAAACUCUGUAUUGGUGAGGCUACGUUUUAUUUCUGACCAUGACAGAAAGUUACUGUAACAUUUUCUAUAAACAACUAUCUUGAGUCUGAGUGAGGUACGUAAUCCUCACAUUUCUACUAACCGGAAUGCUGUGAGCCUGAAUUUGGAGAAUUUUCACAUAAAUUUAUAAUGCAGUCCCCUAGCCAAAACACAUUAAUGUAUCCCAUUAAUUAUAGUUGGGAUGUUUGUGUAUUUCUCUGUAUUAUAUACACAUACAUCACAAUAUCAUAUACACUGCAUAUGUGUCAUCUCUAUACCACACCAGAAUCAGUUCUUUCCUUGUGUGUUAUAGCCAAAAAAGAUCUUUCAGGUUAUAGGAGCAUAUGAUGGUACUAAAAAAAAACUUUAACAUAUGGUGAAAUAUAUUUUCUUUUGAUCACAAAUAUUGUGCAUGACCAUUUGACCAAAUAUGGUUAAAAAAAUGCUCCCACUCAUUCAGAAAGACUUGAGGAUAUCCAGUUAAUUUAAUAUUCAGAUUUAAAUGGAAUUUCUCUUACAUACUAUGCCUUUUCAACAUUGCUGGGAUGCAUGAUUUUGCAUCUGUAUAGGUCCUUCCUCUAAUUGAUUGCAAAUUAUAACCCAUCCUAUGCCUUAACCUGUCUUCAUAAGUUUCUGUGGCUGAAAAAAGUUCAUUUCCUUGUGGUUUUCCUUCUGGUGAUGAAUCUUCCUCUGUCUGCUUCAUUUGACUGGUUCCCAGACAGCAGAUGUACAGCCUGACUCUGAGCCUGCAGUCAAAAUCAAAAAGAUUUUGAUUUGCUAUAGAAUCUGCCAAAUUGUGCCCUGCUUGCUUGGAUUUGAAGAACCCAGGUUUGCCUUCAUUCCACCAGGAGUCAGAGUAGGACAUCAGGACGUACAUAGACUGUCAGUUCUCAAAGAACUAAGCCAUACUGUGUUUAUUCUUUCAUUCAUCAACUAUUUAUUAAUUUCACUGCAUUGUGCUUUGCACUUGGGGAGAUACAAAGAUACAUUCUUAUCCUCAAGGAUAUUCUUUCUUUGAUUCAAAAGUCACUACAGUUUAUCACAGGCCUUAGAUCGUAUGUUAUGAAGAGAAGUUACUAUCAUACAAUGCUGUCAGAAAGUUCUAUUGAAGUUUCGUUUGUUGUUUAGAUUCUGGAAUUUACAGAGAAGUUGAUGCAAGGUAUUGGGUCUUCUCUUAAAGAUUAUAUCUAUGGAGUGGGGAGGAUGUCAUUUAAUUUGCUAUGUUGUCAUAGUUUGGAUUGCUUUAAAUGUUUACAAAUCUCUCUCCAGUUUGACAUUUGGUACUUGCCAAGGAAAAGAACAUUUACUGCUUGUCAGAGAACCUGAAUUUUCUAAAAUAUGGGUUCUCUCUGGCAUUCAUUUACUGAAAGAUUUAGUGCAUAGCUUCACCUGUGUACUAUUGUAUUAGCAGGUGUUGCAUUAGCAUAUAUCCCUGUGUACAGCAUAUACACACUGUUUGCCUGCAUGAUUUAAAUGCAUUUCAUUCAUUGCCUGUUUUGCUUAGUACAACUUUAUUGUGUGAGAUUGAUAAAAUUACCCAUUUUUGGCAUAUGAAAUACCAAGUCUGGCUUUCCUGUAUUUAAAAGUAUGUCCAUUUAAUGUUAACUUUCAGGACCUCAUAUGACAUUUAGCUUCAGUUUUGAUGUUCCAUUAUUGAAUAAGCAUUCAUUGUGUAUCCUGUGCUUAAGGAGUACAUUCAGUGUUUCGAAAUCAUCACAUCUAACCUUGGGGACAAUUGUGUUGUCUUCCAUACCUGAAGAACCCUUGAUAUCUCCACUCUAGUGUGAACUCACCUCAGUAGUAAUAAUAUUUGCUUGACAACUUUUGAUUUAAUUUUCUUAACAAUGACUUUAGGAAGAGGGUGACAUCUUGAUCUGAUCUUUUAGUUCCACAAGUUGAUUUCACCUUGGCUGCAGACAUGCAGAGAAAGCAACUAGUGACUGGACUCCCAUAUGCUUAAGUCCUCUAUCAGUUUGUUUGGUUUUUAAUUUUUUAGAAGAAUAGAAUCGUGCCUCUUUAUCCAUUACUUAGCUUCAAAUUCAUUUGAAAGACCAUUCUGACCUGUUGCUUUUCAUUAAUUAGGGUUUAUUUUCAAGUUUCUUCUAUUAAAUAUGUUCUUAGAAAGCUAUCUUUGAAAUCAAUGUAGAGAAAAUACCAGACAGGACUAUUACUAGAAUUUUCUCAAGUGAUUUGAAAAUAUACAGUUUACCAUUAGGAAAAACAGGAUGAUGUCCCUUUUUUAUAUUUGAGGAAGGGAGAGAAUUGAUUAUGAAGUAAAUUGCAAAUAGAGUGUAGAUACAUUACAAAUAUGAAUACAGUCCAUGAAAAGUCUUGAUAUUUUGAUAGAUAACAGAGUUAGAACUUAUUAAGUAUGUAAUUAUAUACCACCAGUGAACAAAUUUUUAGAAGUAUUUAUUUUCUUAACAGUUAUUUUGAAAAUCCAUUUUGCCAUGGAAUAAACUACAUGACUUUUGUGUAUUUUCUUGUAAUUGACUAGUGAAUAGAAAGAAUAAAACAAAUUUCAAAUACAGCAUAAUGCAUAAUCAUAAUUUACAUAUGGAGCAUGUGGUCAAUAAAGUAGAUUUAACUUGGGGUGAAGGUAACACAAUAGUACUCCUUAUGAUUCUCAUAAACAGAUAAUGAAGGCCAUAUGUAAAUUUGAAACUGAAAAUCAAUAUUUUGCUGAUUGAAAUCCUGCAUUUGAAUAAAUCUUAAUCUCAAUUAUGAUACCUACUUAAAUUUAUUAUUUCCACAAAUCAUAGACUGAACUUAUUUUUGUUAUGUAGUGUUAAAAAGUUGAAGGAAGCUUGCUUAUGCUUUUCUGUCUCCUGAGAUGACAAAUGUGGCAUCAGAGGAUAAGUUCAGUUUUAAUAGUCUGCAGUUUCUUUAAUAGUUUCUCAGCUGCAAUUGACUCAACAGUGUACUGGCAUUCUGAAUGUGGGACUUUACAUAGUGACAAACUAUGAAUUGAUCAUCAGAGAUGUCAUUUAUAAAACUACUUUUAUUUUCAUGGCAAAAAUGGAAAAGAUACUUUUCUCCUUUUCCCUCAUGGAAAUGAUAUCUUCUUCUAGUCCUUUCCCCUCUCCAAAUGACACUGCAUAACUUUUCCUUUUGGUCUUUCUUUAGACUGUUGCAGGGUGGGAAGAAUGCCCUUUCCCUUUUUGGUCUAGACACAUCAUAAUGAUCUCAUAAACAUGUUGGAUUAUUCUUGGCUCCAAAUAAAGUAAGGGAAAUACAAAUACUUUUGUAGAUAAAAUUACUUAAACUGGGUACAGUCCAAAAUAAGUUAAAUGAAAUAAAAAAAAAACAACAACAGGAAAGUUUCUGUUUUCUGAAAGAACUGUGUGCAGAUAGGUUGCCAUCAUUAUUAGUCAAUGGUACAUCUUCAACCAAACAUCUCUGUUGUUGAGAAGAAGUGAGGAGGGAAGUGGCAUUCCUAAAUACCCACUUCUCUGUGGAUUUGUUCAGUUUAGAUAUGUUUAACUUGAAGAGUUCCAAAGGAGACAAACAAUAUAACAUCAACUAAUGCCCAUCCUUCCUCAUCCUUGGCUGAUGUUUUUCAUCUUCUAAACAGAUGCCUGUUUGCCCUUCUAUGCUAGACUGCAUGGGAUGCUUUGAAUAUAACUUUGGUUCAUUUAGGAACUGCUUUAUGGUCUCAAAGACGGGAGCUUCAUUCCAUCUUCCUGUGUGAUUCAGACUUAGGUUCAACCACAGAUGGUCUCUGUGGAGAUGAAGCAUGAAGUGUUCUGUCUGUACAAAUAUGUGACGUCUCAUUUACAAUGAAUCAGCCAUAAAGGAAGGGAACCGUUUAGUUCUUCUUUUUUUUUUUUUAAUUGUUUUUAUGAGCCUUGAAUAAUGAUUAAGUCUCACAGGCUAAAAGUUCUAUGGACUCUGGUAUACUAGAGUCUAAGUUGUAGUUUUGUUGAGGAAGAGUUCCUAAAUCUUCACAUUUUCUAGAAGAAUAGAUCAAAAUUGCUCUUGUCCCAUCUCAGGAGAUUCAGAAUUUCCAUUAUUGUCUAUGAUUUUAUCUCAGUAGCAGAAUAAAAAAUGCAUAUGACUGGACCAAUUUUGAUAACUUCCCACUUGGUAAUCCUGUUUUGCCAUUUCUCCUCUCGUGUGAGAAAUAAAAAGAGGCCUUGAAAUUAAACUGUUGUGGCAACUGUUGCAGCAGAAUUAUCUUAUAGAAAGAAAAUAAUAUGAAAUAGAUCAGAGCAGUAGGUUAAAAGAGGCAACAGGAUUAAGUGAAAUUCUUUCUGCACCCUCUCAAGUAGUCAUGUUGUUUCAUUUGUUCUAGAUACUUUGGUAGUGCUUAAGUAUGGUACUAGGAUGUGGACAUUUUAAUAUGAUUUCCUGCUAUCCGAGGCUAUUACCUCCUUGUCCUUUAUUAAACACAAAGAAACUAUGUCUCUCCUUAUUCAAUAUUAAUAACUCAAAUUUCUUUACCACAAAUACAUAGUGGAAAGGAUUUAAGAUCAGAUGACCUGAGGAGCUCCUUAUUAUCUCUUACUUUGGACAAAUAACUUCCUUUUCUUCUGUUCGAAUGAGAGAAUAGGAUCAGAUGCCCUCUUAGGUCCCUUUUCACCAUGAAACCCAUGAAGAUUUUACAAAAAACUUUAUUUAAGAUAACCUGGUAAAGAAGGAUUGAUAAAUUACUAUUCCCAUUUUAUAUGAUAAGGAAAUUAAGACCAGAGAGAGGUGAAGUGCCUUGCUUAAGGCCACAGUGCCUGGCACAUCCUAAGUGCUUAAUAUAUGUUUUAUCUUUCCAUUAACCAUUGGAUCUAGGACUUGAGACCAGCUUUCUUACCACUCUAGAUUGCUGCCUCUACUUCGUGUUACCCUUUUAAAUGAAAGCAGCCUAUAUGCGCUCUUGGAAGCUAAACAGGGAGACAAGAAAGAAAAAAAUGCCUCAAAUCUUUAUAUAUUAUUAACUUGUUUGCAGGAUCAGUUCCCAGGUAAGCCAUCACAACAAAGCUUAGUACAGACACAUUUAGUUCUAUGUUGCCUGAACUAUGGUUUCAUGUCAAUAAAAGGAACCCAGGUAAAAUAUUGCUACCAAAUGCCAUUGUGAUCUGAGGAAACUCUAGAGUAACUAAAUGCCCUUGGCCAAUCUGCCAUUCAAAAUGUUCUUAUGGAAUUACUGCUCCCCUGAACAUCAUUCUGCUCAAACAUUGUUUUCUCAGAAGCCAUCAACCUUAAGUGAGAUAAUUCUAAUACUAGAAAGUUAUUGACAGACUACAACCAUGACCAGAUUGGGUACCCACACUUUUUAGAAGGGUAUCAUCAGGAUUGCCUUUCUGUGCCUUUUUUGAAUGCUUUAAGGGCCACACCUAAGACUGAAUUCCUCUAACUUUCGGUACAACUUCUCUUCUCAGUAAGGUUCACAUUGUUAGAAUGAUAAAAACUGCCUCACUGAGAAAAUAUGAUAUUUACAUUUUUUAGAAACUGCUUUAGAAAUAGUCACAGUAUUUAGUUGCUCAAAUAUACUAAAUGGUAUAAUUUACAAACACUAUGAGCACUGUGCUCCUAUUUUAAAUCUGGGAGUUUAAAUGACAAAUUUAAUUUGCUUGAAUGAUUUAGCAGGAUUGGUUAGUAAAUGAGUAUGCUCGGUUUAAUUUUUCUCAUUCUGAGCCUUCCUACUUCCCUCCUUUACUCCGUCUUCUUUCGUUCCUUUCCUCCCUUCUUCCCUUCAUCUUUAACUUUCUUCUUCUUCUUUUUGGGGGGGCGAUAGAAAAUGCUUCUCACUUCACCUCCCAUUUGGAUACAAUUUCUGAACCAGUAGUUAGCUGUCUACAAUAAAAUUUAACUUAUAUGAGUUUGGGUAGUAUAUGGACUUUAUAUUAUUUUUGAUUGUUGUUUACACUUCUUUGAUGGGAAAUAAUACCUUAUGUUCAUAUCAUUUGCUAGCUCAAUAUUCCCUGGGUUGGUACCAUUUGUAAAUUGUGAGUUAUAGAGACAAGUCAAGGAAUCUUAGGAUAUAGAUAUGAUGAUCACUCUAUUUUCUACAUUUUGUUGAAAGAAAACAAUGGGUUAUCAAAAGUGUUGAAUUUAUCUAACGUUAGAGAGCCUCAUUUUAAAUAGCUGUUUGUGUAUGUGUAUUUUGGAAUUAGGGCUGGUUCCCAAAAUUUAUCAAGAUAACUUCACUCAAAAUAUGAGAGGAUAAAUGAACAUGAAUUUUUUUUUUUCCUUUGGAGGUAGAGAGGAGAAUCUAAUCUAAUCUAGAAAUAGCAAAAUCUCAUUGGUUUAGGCAUGGGGGAAAUAGAUUUUAGUAAUUAGUAAUCAGUGUUUUAAUAUUUUAAACAACCCCAAAAACAUCUUAUCCCAAUUUUAUUUUGGAAAGUGAGAAGCUCAGAUGGGGGUGGGGGGGAGAGGUAUUUUAAUCCUAGUAUCUCUAUAAAGAAUAAAUUUUCUAUUUCUGCUUUCUUUGUGUCUCUGCCUUAAUUCUGUCUCUUAUCUUUGCAUAAAAAAGGUAUUCCAAAAGUGAUUUCAUUCCUUUCUGCAGCCUGUGACAACUGCAAAUGAUCAGUGCUUACAAACGUGAACUGGUUAAUUCAAAGUCAGUGGUAGUGGCCAUGCUUUUCAGGGGGAAGGAAGAUGGUUGUAGCAGCGUCCCCCAAUCUAGGUCCCAAUCCAACUUGAGAGAGGCUUGAUGGAAACCCUGUGAAGCUGCUUCUCAUUACUGUUACUUUGUAAGCUUUGUCUAGUUCCAAAGAAAUAAGUUGUUUCAUUCUUGUUUCGGACUGUGACCCAUUUUGAAAUGCAUUUUCAAAUCCUCCCCUUUGUUGAAAACAAAUUUCUUUGUACACCCUAGAGGGAAUCAGGCCUGUUAUCAUCUAGAAUCAGGGGUCCUCAAACUUUUUAAAUAGGGAGCCAGUUCACUGUCCCUCAGACUGUUGGAGGGCCGGACUAUAGUAAAAACAAAAACUUUGUUUUGUGGGCCUUUAAAUAAAGAAACUUCAUAACCCUGGGUGAGGGGGAUAAACAUCCUCAGCUGCUGCAUCUGGCCGGCGGUGUAGUUUGAGGACCCCUGAUCGAGAUUGUGUCCAUCUGGGCCCAGUUUUUCCUCUGAUUAAAGUGGUAGGAAGUGAAACUAUUUGUAUAUGUUGAGGUUUAUAAGGGUUCAGGAACCCAUGACAAAAAUAAUAAACUAUUUAUUACUCAUUGUGUUUUGAUUUGAAAAUUUGAUAACUGUUCUGUCUUUUCAUGUUUUUUUAAACAAAUAUAAAGUAACUACUUCACCUUUGGUGCCUUCCAAGUUGUCGGAUAAGCACUUGUUAAUCAUGAAGAUGAAAAAGAUGUAAAUUUAUUGUCAGUAAACACUAUUUUUGUAGCAUGGUCCUAUGAUCUUGUCUUUUUAAUAUUGCUUUCACUGAUGCCAAUUGUAAUAUUUAACCAAUUUUCCUUUUGUGAGUUAGUUAGCUAGAUUGCUCCUUCCCCCUUCCCCACCCCUCCUAUAUUAGUUCAGAAGGACUGACCCUUUUCCCUGUUUCCUCUCAAUCCCCUUCCCUCAGUUUGUUUAAGCAAGACUAAGGGUAAGAACAUUUUUAUGUGAAAUAAGUAUCAGUUCAAUUAGGUCUUUUUGGAACCAUGUUUGAAAUCCACACAUAGAGCUGUUCUUCCUAAUAUGUGUUUAUAAAAGGACAACCGUUGAUUUUUCACACAUAUCUAUAUCUUCUUCAGGAUUUAAAGUUCUCACUCAACUAAGUCAUGAUAGAAAGCAAUGCUUAUUCUUAAGAGUCAAAUCUAGCCCUUUUCAUCUCCACUACUUAUAUUAUAGGCUGGUAGAACUGAGGAAGUCAAGAGCUAUUUAGUCUAAAUUCUUCAUUGUAUAGAGGAGGGGAAAUCAAGUCCUAGAGAGCUGCUUCAUGAAGGUAAUGGAAAGAUCAAGGUUCAGAGAGCUUGUCUCAUUUGCUAGUGAGUUGCCUUUCAUUGGUGGGUGUGGGGUGGUGGUGGUACCACCAAAUGAACACUACAUGAUUUUCAGUGUAGAGGAUUCCUGCUUCAGGGAAGAGUUGGUUUAGAUGCCUUCUAGGGCUUCUUCGAAAUUCAAGAUUCCAUGAAGUGACUUGUUCAGCUCAUAUAGCAAGUUUGUAACAGAGCUGGAACAAGAACUCUGAAGAUUCCUCCAUUUCCAGUCAAUCAGAUUUCCUACUUGUCUGUGCUAUCUCCAUCCCCUCCAAUGAGAAAAGUAUGGAAAUUCUAACCAGUUGGAGAUUCUAACAUACCAUUUGAAGUCAAACUAGUGUUUCAUGGAAGGGUUUAAUGGCUUUAAAUUUGUAGGUAAAAUAAAUUGCUUGGUUGUUUUUGUAUCAUCUCAAGAGAAGAUGAAUUGCUGGAGAAUCCUUUUUUCCUUUUCUGUGUGGGAUCAUUUGUCUAACUAUGGAAAAAUUUUAGAGAUAUAGCCAAGCUAUUGCAAAGCAAUGCUAAUUUUUUUUUCAGAAAUAUCACAAAUAUAUUGUAGAAAAAAUAUUUUAAAUCUUUCCUCAAGUAUCAAUUUUUUUCUCCUUUUGGAGGGAAACGAGAAAGAGAAGGGUCAAAGUUAAUUAAUUGUAGGUAUUUUUUUUACAGCAGGUAAAGUGUCAAGUCAAAUGGUAAAUUAAUCAUCAUAGUUUUUCCCAUAGCUACUUACCCAGGUUUAAGCCUGUGUUAUAUAUUUUCCUCUAGAAGUACUAUUAGCUGGAUCAAAAUUAACUUUGAUGAAGUUUCUAUUUUCUGCAAAUGAUAUAUUUCUUUGAUUUUCUCUCAGAACAGUUUAAAGGUACAAGCAUCCUACAUUUCCAAGAUAAUAUUCAUUUUAUGAACUUGAUUUUCUGAGUGUAACCUGUUGUAGGUUGUACUUUUUUUUCCUGGUUUUACAGCUGAAGUUGAAGGAUUGUAAUUUCAUAAUGAUAUAAUAAAAAGUGAAUUCAAAUUUACUUUUAAUUCUGAAUGUUUUUAGUAUGUGAUAUUCUAAAAUAAAAAUGAUAUGUUUUGCUUGUUAUAUAUUUUUAAAAGGGCACAAUAUGAAGGUUUUUUUUUUUUUUUGGUAAUUUCUUGAUUUCAAAUGAAGUAUUAUGUUUAUUGAUUUUCUUUUCUUUUUUUUUUUUUGCUCUCCCCACCCACAUUUUUACUCUCUUCCUUUUGAUAUAUGAAGAUGCCGAACUUAACGAGUUUUCAUGGUCCUUGUCUUGAUCAUUUUCAUAGUGGUAAAAUCUGUAUUUUUGUAUGUAGGGGGAGAUAAUUUUCUGAACACUAAUCUCUGAUAAGUAUUGUAUGAAAUUGUUGUGAAGGAUUUCUUGUUGAAUAAAUGGAUAUGGCUAAAGAAA